AUGUGGACCUUCUUGGGCAUUGCCACUUUCACAUAUUUUUACAAGAAAUGCGGAGACUUCGUCUCUUUUGCCAACAAGGAGCUGUUGCUGUGCGUGCUCGUGUUCCUGUCCCUGGGCCUGGUGCUCUCCUACCGCUAUCGCUACCGGAGCGGAGCCGCCCUGGGGCGCCAGCAGAGCGGCUCCCAGUUCGCGCUCUUCUCAGAUAUUCUGUCGGCCUUGCCUCUCAUUGGCUUCUUCUGGGCCAAGUCGCCCCCGGGAUCAGAAAAUAAAGAGCAACUUGGGUCUAGGCGGCACAAAAAAGGAAGCAAUAUUUCAGAAACAACCUUAAUAGGAGCAGCUGCCUCUUCAGUAUCUUUUCAGAAUGAUCCAGAAGUUAUCAUUGUGGGAUCUGGUGUAGUUGGCUCUGCUUUGGCAGCCAUGCUUUCCAGAGAUGGAAGAAAGGUGACAGUAAUUGAGAGAGAUUUAAAAGAGCCCGACAGGAUAGUUGGAGAAUUUCUGCAGCCGGGUGGUUAUCAUGUUCUCCAAGACCUUGAUCUUGAAGAUGCAGUGGAAGGUAUUGAUGCCCAGGUGGUAGAUGGCUACAUAAUUCAUGAUCAGGAAAGCAAAUCAGAGGUUCAGAUUCCUUAUCCUCUAUCAGAAAACAGUCAGGUGCGGAGCGGAAGAGCUUUCCAUCAUGGAAGAUUCAUAAUGGGUCUCCGGAAAGCAGCUAUGGCAGAGCCCAAUACAAAGUUUAUUGAAGGCAUCGUGCUACAGUUACUAGAAGAAGAUGAUGCCGUGAUAGGAGUUCAGUACAGGGAUAGAGAAACCGGGGACAUCAAGGAACUCCACGCUCCAUUGACUGUUGUUGCAGAUGGACUUUUUUCCAAGUUCAGGAAAAACCUGAUCUCCAAUAAAGUUUCUGUUUCAUCUCAUUUUGUCGGCUUUCUUAUGAAGAACGCACCACAGUUUAAAGCUAAUCAUGCUGAACUUAUUUUGGCCAACCCGAGUCCAGUUCUCAUCUACCAGAUUUCAUCUAAUGAAACUCGAGUACUUGUUGAUAUUCGAGGAGAAAUGCCCAGGAACUUAAGAGAAUACAUGGCUGAAAAAAUUUAUCCACAAUUACCUGAUCACCUCAAAGAACCGUUCCUGGAAGCCACCCAGAAUUCUCGUUUGAGAUCUAUGCCAGCAAGCUUUCUUCCUUCUUCACCAGUAAAUAAACGAGGUGUUCUUCUUUUGGGAGAUGCAUAUAAUAUGAGACAUCCUCUUACUGGAGGAGGAAUGACUGUUGUUUUUAAAGAUCUGAAAUUAUGGAGAAAAUUGCUAAAGGGUAUCCCUGACCUUUAUGACGAUGCAGCUGUUUUCCAGGCCAAAAAAUCAUUCUAUUGGGCGAGAAAAACAUCUCAUUCCUUUGUUGUGAAUAUCCUUGCUCAGGCUCUUUAUGAAUUAUUUUCUGCUCCAGAUGAUUCCCUACAUCAACUGAGAAAAGCCUGUUUUCUUUAUUUCAAACUUGGUGGAGAAUGUGUUGCUGGUCCUGUUGGGCUACUUUCUGUCCUGUCUCCUAACCCUCUCAUUUUAAUUGGACACUUCUUUGCUGUGGCAAUCUAUGCCACGUAUUUCUGCUUUAAAUCGGAACCUUGGAUUACAAAACCCCGAGCCCUUCUCAGUAGUGGUGCUGUAUUGUACAAAGCAUGUUCUGUAAUAUUUCCUCUGAUUUACUCGGAAAUUAAGUACCUGGUCCAUUAAACUUACAGGGGAAGCAUUUAUGAGCAAAUAUUUGGAACUCACCAAGUCCUAAGAGACUUUUGGAAGAGGAUGUACAUAGCAUAGAACUAUCUCACUUCUAAAGUGGAAACUCUUGGACCAAGAUUGGGGUUAAUUCAUUUUUGAAGUUAUCUGUAUAUAAACAUGUAAAUACAUACUUUGCAAUUUAAAAUGAAGGGUAAAAUAGACAUUUAAAAGAAAUGAUUUUAUCUUAAAUUAGUGCUAACACUGAGGAACUGUGGUUUUUCUUUUGAAUUUAGUAUCUGGGAGGAGUCAUUGUGGGACAUGCAAAUAAAGUGAAGAAUGAACUGUAA